CUCUAUUCUAUCUCCUCUACGAUUCUAUCCUGUGGACUACGGAAUUCGUCUCCGAGAACUGCCGUUCAACAUUACCCCUCCUCUAUACCUACUCUAUCUACUCUAUACCACUCUACUCUACCAUUCUAUACUCUCAUCUGUUCCUCUACUCUAUACUCUACUACUAUAUCAUCACAACUCCUCGCUCGCUCACACAAUGCGCGACAUGCCCUCCAAAUUCAUCGAAAUCCUCGACCCCGAAGACGGCCACCUCCACAUGUCCUCUUCGGACGUCCGUCUGGAGGACGUGCUGGCUGACCACGAAGCCACCGUCACCCGACCUCGUUCCUCCACGCAAACUUCCUCCAAGACCUCCGGCAGUCUGGAUAAGGAGCGAUUGGAUCGUCGCGAUUCCGUCUCGCCGCCGCAGAGCCCGUGGAAGAGAUGGAGUAGUAUUCUGACUGCGCGCCGACCGUGAAUGCCUACCUACAAACAGUACCGCACUUUAGUGCAGUACAUACUACAAAAUGAGAUGAUGAGUGAGACGAGAUGAAAUGGAUAAGCAAGGCUGGAUUAUGUGCAUUUGGAUACCCUUUUGUUUGGUGAUGAUUAUCUGUUUUUCUAUACAAUGUUUUAUUAGCGACGAGUCCGGAGUUCCUUCAAUCAAUCAACAACAACAACAACAACAACAAUAUUAUCAAUUCAAAAUAAUUUAUCUACACUGUGCAACCCUAUAAACGC